AGGGACAAACAAUUAUUACUCUAUUUCAAAUUGAUACCAACCAAACACAUUGAAAACCCCUGGGUUGGAAAGAAAGCUCCGAGACAUUGAAGCUCACCAAAAACAAUCAAGAUGACUUCUAUGGCUUUCAUUGUGACUGGUGCUAGCCGUGGUCUAGGACUUGCAGUAGCAGAACUGUUGCUACGUGCAUCACACAAAGUCUUCCUCGUGGCUCGGUCAGAAACAGACCUACAAAGGUUAAAGAGCCAGUAUCCAACCUCGGUGGAAUACGCGGCGGCCGACUUGAGUGAUCUCAGUACCGCUCCGCAGAUCAUCAAGGCUGCCCUAGAGGCAUUUGGCAAAAUCAAUGGCAUGGUCAUCAACCACGGUGUAUUAACACCCGUUACCAGAAUCGCCGAUAGCAAUGCUGAGGAAUGGAGACGCGCUUACGACAUCAACGUGAUGAGUGCCGUUGCUUUACUGAAAGAAGCCAUUCCCGAGUUACGCAAGUCCAAGGGGCGUGUUGUGCUCGUCUCAUCAGGAGCCGCAACCAGUGCUGUUGUCGCAUGGGGUGCAUAUGGAACAUCCAAGGCUGCAAUCAACCAUGUCUGUGCACACAUGGCAGUCGAGGAACCUGAAAUCACAAGCGUGGCCAUCUCACCUGGUAAGGUCGACACCGGCAUGCAGCAACAGAUUCGAGAGCUGGGAAAAACCGGAAUGGCAGCCGAUGUACAUGCCAGUUUCGUUGAUGAGCAUGCAAGUGGCCGUCUGCUCAAACCUGAACAACCGGGCGCCGUCAUAGCAAAGCUUGUUGAAGGCGCAACCAAAGACAUGAGUGGACGACAUUUCCGAUGGAACGAUGCAGUACUAUCUGCCUUUCAAGGAACAAAAUGAUGCAAACCUAGCAAGCUAUGCACGACAUGUCAGCAAAAGACCACGAUAGAGCGUACAGUAGAGGAAUGAUAAGGGUUGAUUAGCUUCAGUCGAAAGAUGAAAAGACUAUACGUAGUAUCGUCAUUAUGAUUCCGGUUUAGCAUGGAAUAUAGGUUCGUCAUCACAAGCAGGCAUAAAAGAAAUAUUCGUUGUACCUUACCUU